UGGAUUUUCAAAUGCAUCUGUCUUACUCUUAGGACAAGCAAACAUAUAAAACAUUUAUUUAUAUUAAAUGGUCUUUAUUCCAAAACAAUUACUACUAACUUAAUGCAAAAAGGAAAGCUUGAUAAGAUUGUUUGCCACCGCAAAAAUUAUCUUGUCCUUAUAUGUAUCGGCUCCAGAUUCCCACUUUAAAAGUGCUUUCCUUUUCUCAUUUUCAUAUACAAAUGCUGUCUUAGCAGAGCUGCUCUGCUUUCAGUUCGGAGAGAGAGAGAGAGAGAGAGAGAGAGAGAGAGAGAUCUGCCUGUCACGAUGGGUCUGCAAUUGCUGAGAGUGUGGGUGUUGCUAUUGUUGUUUGGACUCGUUGUCAUUGUUGGCGGCGGAGGAGCGACUGUGGGUGACUUCAAUAUAUGGCCAAUGCCCGAAUCGGUGACAAAUGGGCACAGCAGACUGUACUUGGCUCCGGAUUUUCAGCUCAUCACUGAGGGGACUAACUAUAGCGAUGCAUCUGGGAUUUUGAAGGAUGCUUUCACCACAAUGAUCCGUCUAAUUCAUAUGGACCAUGUCCUUGAUGCCAAUAUCUCCGCUUUCCAUCCACCUCUCAUCCUUAAAGUACUUCAAGUCCUCAUUUUCUCUCCAAACGAUCAGUUGCAAUAUGGUGUUGAUGAGUCCUACAAGUUACUAGUUCCUUCACCUUACAAGCCAGAUUUUGCACAGCUUGAGGCACGGACAGUUUAUGGGGCUUUGCAUGGGCUUCAGACAUUCAGCCAAUUAUGCCGUUUUAACUUUGACGCCAGAGUGAUUGAAAUUCUGAUGGUCCCAUGGACUAUUAUUGAUAAGCCAAGGUUCUCUUAUCGGGGGCUCUUGAUUGACACUUCACGUCACUAUCAGCCUUUGCCAAUGAUUAAGAAAGUGAUUGAUUCUAUGGUCUAUGUGAAACUGAAUGUUUUGCAUUGGCACAUUGUAGAUACACAAUCUUUCCCUCUAGAGAUACCCUCUUAUCCAAAAUUGUGGGAUGGCGCUUACUCAUAUUCAGAGAGGUACACUUUUGCUGAUGCUGCUGAAAUUGUAAGUUAUGCCCAGAGGCGAGGAAUUAAUGUAUUAGCUGAAAUUGAUGUUCCUGGACAUGCACUCUCAUGGGGAAGAGGCUAUCCUUCUCUUUGGCCAUCAAAAAAUUGCCAACAGCCUCUUGAUGUGAGCAAUGAGUUUACAUUUAAAGUGAUAGACGGAAUUCUUUCAGAUUUCAGUAAGAUCUUUAAAUUCAAAUUUGUUCACUUGGGAGGUGAUGAAGUCGACACAAGUUGUUGGACGUCAACUCCUCGCAUAAUAAACUGGUUAAAAAAGCAUGGUAUGAAUGAAUCUGAAGCUUAUCAGUACUUUGUCUUGCGAGCACAGAAAAUAGCAUUGUCCCAUGGAUAUGAAAUUGUUAACUGGGAAGAAACCUUCAACAAUUUUGGCGGUAAAUUGAGCCGAAAAACUGUGGUGCACAACUGGCUUGGUGAUGGUGUUGCUGAAAAAGUGGUUGCUGCUGGAUUGAGGUGCAUUGUCAGCAACCAGGACAAUUGGUAUUUAGAUCAUUUGGAUACUACUUGGCAACAAUUUUAUAUGAAUGAACCUCUCACAAACAUCACAAACACUGAGCAACAAAAGUUGGUUAUUGGAGGUGAGGUAUGUAUGUGGGGAGAAACAAUAGAUGGAUCAGAUAUUGAGCAAACAAUAUGGCCACGGGCUGCAGCAGCUGCAGAGCGGUUAUGGACAACUUAUGACAAGCUUGCUAAGGAUCCAAAGCGAGUUACUAGAAGAUUAGCACACUUCAGGUGUCUGUUAAAUCAAAGAGGAGUAGCAGCAGCUCCGCUAGCUGGACCUGGACGAGGAGCCCCUCAAGAGCCAGGUUCUUGCUACUCACAGUAGCAAUUAUAUAUUCAGGAAUAUGGGGUAUGCAACAAAGCUCCAUCCAUGGGGAUGAAUUGUAUGAUCAGAAGUUUUCAGGGCUUCCAAGGUGGAGGUGGUGGUGGGCUUUGAGGGUAGAGUGGUGGAACUGCUGAGAAGAUUGCAUUCUU